UCGGUGCUAUAUAGGAGGGCGAGGGGGGGAGCCAGGCUACAGACUGUUGCUGCCUGCUUUAGCUGUUGCUCACCCUUCUUACAGCUGAGGAAAACUACAGCCUACCAAGAUGUGCAAAGGAUUAGCAGCGCUGCCCCACACAUGCCUGGAGAGGGCCAAGGAGAUCAAGACCAAGCUGGGCACACUGCUGCAGAAGCCUGACUCGGUCAUUGACUUUGUCAUCCCCUACCCAGAAAAGCUGGAGAAGCCACCCAAGGCCCAAAAGCCAACACCAGAGGAGGCUUUGCAGUGGCGUGAUUCCCUGGAGAAGCUCCUGCAAAAUCCCUAUGGGCUUGCCAGCUUCCACAGCUUCCUGCGCUCUGAGUUCAGUGAGGAGAAUGCUGAGUUUUGGGUGGCCUGUGAGGACUACAAGAAAACCAAGUCCCCUGUGAAGAUGGCAGAGAAGGCAAAGAAGAUUUACGAGGAGUUCAUCCAGACCGAGGCACCCAAAGAGGUGAACAUCGACCACUUCACUAAGGCUGUGACCGUGAAGAACCUGGUGGAACCAUCGCCAAGCAGCUUUGACACGGCCCAGAAGAGGAUCUUUGUCCUGAUGGAGAAAGACUCGCUGCCCAGAUUUGUGCGGUCGGAGUUUUAUCAGGAGUUAAUCAAGUAGCAACGUGGUAGGGCUGUGCAAAGCAUUCCCUGUGAGUGGCCACACUGCUUCUUUCUAAACACCUGCCCCCUCUCUUGCAGCUUAUUUGCUUCCUUAUACCACUCUAGAAGAGCACCCAGGGGUGUUGCUAAACAUCUACCGCUGUUCUUUAGACUGUCAGAUGCCCUGAUGUUUCCUCUUACAGUCUCUUUCCCACAAAAGACCAAUUAGCAGAAACCUCUGGUGAUCCUGGGUUUGGGACCUGGAAGGGUGGUGGAGCAACCCCAGCUCUUCAGUGACCAGAAGCACCUCAGGCAGCUGGUAUGUCCCUGGCACUGUGGGACUCAGCAUUAGUCAGAGGCUCUGAGGUGAUGCCUCUGCCAUCUUAGGAUAUGACAACAUUUCUCUGGUUUUUUUCCCCAUAUUGAUGGUUUUGUCCAGGCUCCUGGACUCCUCCUGGCUUCCCAGGGUGUUGCUGAGGCUGCAUGGGGUGCCCUGUGGGUGCCCCCCUCCCUGGCCAAGACCAGCAUGACUGUAGCCCUGGGAUGCUGGGUAAGGCAUGCCCACUGCGAGAUCGGCAUCACCUUGUUUUCAGAAGCAGCAGACACAGUGACAGCUCUAUGGCAGAGAUGGCUGUAGGGCAGAUCCAGGAUCAGUACAUCCAUGUGCUGCACUGCGCAGCUGGCUGUCACAAGGGGUGGGCAGAGCAAGCGUGUAGCACCACUUCACCAGUGACUCCACUUGGAGUCAGCUGUGACAUACCCCGUUUGCUUCACACUAAAGACAUUAAAGAGGAUAAAACAAGAUCUGUUUGUUCAAAACACUGAGACUGUUUAGCAACCCAGACCUCCUGCUCACUCAAACCACAUGCAUGAUGUACUGAGCUCACAGUCUGCAGCCUGUGCCCAUGUCCCUACUGCCUAUGUGCAGCCCUCAGCAGUACUGGUGGCUGGUGGUGGGCUUGGAUUUGCAGCUUUGGGGGUGUUGCCACAGUGGUUUCUUGCUCCAAUUGCUUCCCUCUGCAGUAAAUACGCCAAAGCAAUCCUUCUAUACAAACUCAAUUGAGGGGCAUUGAUUAGAGCAGGGAGGAAAAUCCAGCUGGGGAGGUAAAAGCUGCAAUUGCAUUUGUUGAGAUCCAACCAAAAAAUCCAAACCAGACCUUGUAAACCAGACCCAAACACAAAACCGUUAUUGAACAUGUGAAAAAUAAACCUCUGUCUUCUUGAAGAGGUGGCAAACUCUGCUGAGUUUGUGUAAUCUGCCUCUUGCUCUCCUGGCUCCUCUUGUCUGUCCAGGACGUGUGUUGCCAUAAAGCUGUCUCUUAAAAAGGACAGCUCAUUUCAAAUGAUUCAAAGCCAGCCAACUGCUUGCUAGCAGAAUAAAUCAUGGGACAAGGGCAUACAUGAAAGGUGGCUGGGGUCUCAUUUCAGCCUUGAGGUGAAUACAAUGAACUCCUGCUCCAUGGGGCCUGGACAUUUCAUUCCUGCAGCAUCCACAGCACCAUGGCUUGCAAUGAGCACAUUGCGGGGAUCGACCUGCCCAGCCGGCAACCCAAGAGAUGUGGGCAAAAUAACAAGCAACCGUGCUCCCAACAGGUAUCUCAGACCAACUGCCUCCCUCAGACUGCUCAGCCUCAAUUGCAAGUCAUGAGACUCCAUCUGAACAUAAACAGUGGAUUUGCCAGCCUCUUCAAGACAUUUAAAAUCUGAUCAAAACCCCACUGGCCCCAAAUAUUUACAUGUUGUCAUGGUGAUGAAGAAAAAUAUAUCAUGAGCUGUAGAAAGUGGGCUGCGUUCUCCAGGCAGGGAUGGGGACGCAGGGGAAGGAUGAAGGCCAUCAGAAAUAUGACUUUUUCUAACUCUGGAGCAAACAGCCUGGGAAAGUCAGUGCUGUAGGAGCGGGUGUGAUGUUCAUGGGGCAUACCCCUGGGGUGAGCAUGGGGGAAGGUGGCUUGCGCGGGCCCAAAGAGCCGCAAGGGAGUCCAUGAGCAACCAAAAGGGUGCAGGAUCCCCUGGCAAUGUCCACUGCCCAGAACCAGUGGGCAACAAGGGGGAGCCAGGAACAGCACUGGGCACAGGAGGGGGCCUUGGCCAGCCUUUCUGCUGCAGGAUGCUCCCACCAUGUCUACCCCUGCAUACUCCCUGCAUCCUCUUAAAGUCUCUGUGCACUGAUGUCAGAAUAACUGGGUUCAGCAUGUUUAAGCUCCCUGCUCACAGUAUGACUCACAGAAAUGCAAAACCAAUCAGGUUUCGCUCAUGAAAAAGCCCAGAUCUUUCAUUUUUUUCUUAAUCCUUUGCCAGCUAUUUCCAGAUACCCUCACAUGUUUCACAGAUAAAUGCCAACACUGGGAUGCUUCUGAAGGCUGGCUUGCUAGGUGCAGUCACAAGCUGAAAUGUCACUAGUUGCAGUGAUGUGUAGGGCAGAGAGUAGCUGUCUAGGUAUGUACGUGCCAAAAAGAGAGGUGGAGGCUGGAUUCAGGAGAGAUGAAACAGCUUUAUUAAAAAUCUCUCCCAGGCUCAUUUCUGCUAAAAUGCUGGAAGGCCACUUUAGGGGGUGAUGAACAGGUGUCAGUGAGCUCUCAGGUGGACAUAAAAAGUGGCCCCUGCAGUGUUUUGGAACUCUUGGGAAGUUGUGUUUGUGUAGAAGGGUUGUUUGGCUAAUAAGUUGGCAGGCUUACCCCCAAAAAGCAGCAAAGCCUGUACCCACCUCACAGCCAAGCUUUCUGCAGGCUCAGUGGUAUUUACUGUUGAGCUGAUAUCAGCCAUCGUAUUUCUGGUAGGAAAUACUCCAUGUAUUUUAUCACUCUUACUCUCAUGAAAUUUGGCAUACUUAUGAGCACUACACAUGUGACAUUGUACAUCUGUAUUCCUUCAGGCAUUUACAACUAUACACACACACAUAUAUACAUACUCCUAAUGUGGGCAUCUGGAUCCUCAGUGGGUCAGAGAGUCAAAAAGCAGAAUUUUUGGAUAGUGUGCUUGGGGUCUGUUGCAGAGAUGAAUAUGCAUGGGUUUAUUGCAGUCCCAGACCUCAUUCAGGGAAACCUUGGCCAUCCACAUGAGAGAACAUGAAGGUGCAUCUUCCCAAACACCAUCUGAAAUCACCUUGUGCCUGUGGUCGCUGGGUGCCCACAGCCCUAGUGCAUCCUGGAGCCGAAGCCAGUGCAGGAGGCAAGUCUCAUGCUCCUUGAUGGACACCUCAUGCUGCAGCCAGGGUCCCCAGGCACUAGGCACUGCUUCUGUGUGUCCCUGGUGCCUGCUCCCACAAUGCAGCCAUGCAGAGGAGGGCUCCCUCCAGCUACAACCUUCAAUUAACAGUGAAGAAACAUUUUGCUGUGGCAUUUUGUGUUACUUCAAUGACGCAGACCCUUGCACCUUACCAGCCAUGGUGUGGAAUUGCCCAUCUCUCCUCUGCAUGUCAAGGCAGGGCUCUGCUGGUGCUGCCCAGUCCAAGCCCAGAAGGACUGCUGAAGCCUACAAGUCAGUUGGUGGGAGAUACCCACUGGCUCAUGGAGGACUAGGCUUGUCUAAGCACUCCCCGUUCCUGGUCACUCCUUGGAGGGUGUUGAGUGCUGUGGCUAAGGGCUGGAGGAGGGAUUGGCUCCUCACAACCAUGGGCUGCAGGUUUUCAAUCUGAUAUUCUCCAUGUGAUUUCCGUUAGAGAUCUUCACACGGGAUGAUGUGCACUGAGGAACUGGUUGCUUUAACUUGUAUUCUUGUACCACUCAGUAAUCCACACAUAAACGUGUAUUUCUGCUACUGUC